UUGGUCACACUGCUUUUUGAGUCAGCUGCUUGUAGUUUUGCGAUUUCAUUGCAAUUUUAAUUUGCUAAACUAUUUAAACUGCAACCUGGUGAGGAAGAUGCCGAAGGAAAAUGCGGAGGACCAGGCGGGCCAGGAGCUUAAGCAGACGGUCCAGGAGGUGACGGCUGCAUCCGAGGAAUUGAUCGAAAAGGCGGUUGCCGGCUUAAAGAUUCAGGAUCCUGAAUUGGCCAAAGUAGCCGGAAAUGAGUCUAAAGAGGGGCCUAGCACAAGUCAAAACAGGCCUGCUGUUUCUUCAGAUGCCAGCAAGCAGGCCUUGCUACAAGCCGUUACCGACGCGGUGGCCAGCACUCGCCAGAUGGCCAAAAAGUUUGCUUUCUGGUCCACACAGCCAGUGCCAAAGCUGGACGAGCAGGUCACCACAAACGAAUGCAUCGAACCAAAUAAGGAGGUCAGCGAGAUUCGACAGGAGCCGUACACCUUGCCGGGUGGCUUUAAGUGGGUCACCCUGGACUUGAACGAUGCUAACGAUCUCAAAGAGCUGUACACCCUUCUAAACGAGAACUAUGUGGAGGACGACGACGCCAUGUUUCGGUUUGACUACCAGCCGGAAUUCCUCAAAUGGUCUCUGCAGCCACCGGGGUGGAAGCGCGAUUGGCACGUGGGAGUGCGUGUGGAGAAGUCCGGCAAGCUCGUCGGCUUCAUAUCGGCUAUUCCCAGCAAGUUGAAGGCCUACGACAAGGUCCUGAAGGUGGUGGACAUAAAUUUCCUGUGCGUGCACAAGAAACUCCGGAGCAAGCGUGUGGCUCCCGUUUUGAUUCGUGAGAUUACACGGCGCGUCAAUCUCACCGGCAUUUUCCAAGCUGCCUACACCGCCGGAGUGGUCCUGCCCACUCCAGUGGCCACCUGCCGCUAUUGGCAUCGUUCCUUGAAUCCAAAAAAACUCGUUGACGUGCGCUUCUCGCACCUGGCCAGAAACAUGACCAUGCAACGAACCAUUAAGCUGUACAAACUGCCAGAUCAGCCCAAAACCAAAGGCUACCGGAGGAUCACGGCCAAGGACAUGGACAAGGCGCACAAGCUGGUGGAGGAGUACCUGAAGCGGUUCCAGCUGUGUCCCUCGUUUAGCAAGGAGGAGUUCCGCCACUGGUUCACGCCAAAAGAGGGCAUCAUCGACUGCUUCGUGGUCGCGGAUGAAAAGGGAAACAUUACGGAUCUAACGAGCUACUACUGUCUGCCAUCGUCUGUAAUGCACCAUCCAGUGCACAAGACCGUACGUGCGGCCUACUCAUUCUACAAUGUCUCCACUAAAACGCCUUGGCUUGACCUGAUGAACGACGCCCUCAUCUCGGCCAGGAAUGUCCAGAUGGACGUCUACAAUGCUCUGGACCUCAUGGAGAACAAAAAGUUCUUUGCUCCCCUGAAGUUUGGUGCCGGCGAUGGAAAUCUUCAAUACUACCUGUACAACUGGCGCUGCCCAACGAUGCAGCCCGAAGAGAUCGCCCUGAUACUCAUGUAGGCAUCCCCCAGUUAGCUCCCCCUUUGUUCACAUUCUCGCCCUGCCUCUCGCCGCCGCUCGCUUUGUUUACCCCGCUGGAAAAAAGUUCCCUGCGGCAGCUUUGCUUGGGCCUCCUCCACGAUACUACCACACGUAUCCCGUAUAUUAAGUUGCUCCGGCGGGGAAAGUCAUCUAUCUAGCAUCAUUGUGAAAACUGCAUUUUGCAACGGCCAAGCUUGGAUAUUUUUUACAAAUAAAAACAAUAACACAAAAUGAAUAAAAUGCGCAGCAAUAUCUAUA